UGCAUUAUUUAUUUUUAUUUAUUUUCUCCUGCUCUAGUUGAGAAUGUUCGAGGAGAUGGGCUUCAAGGUUGAUCACUCCAGUCCUAUAUAUAAGCGCUUUCGUCUGAAAAUACUUGGCCUAUUUGAAUCCGGAAUAACUAGUACUGGUUCGCCAGCAUCUGGUGAAAAAGGUAGGAGUGCAAUUGCUGAAGUUAUUACUGCCUCCAUCCUUUCACGACUUCACAUUCUGGUGAAUUUAACAAAGGCAGAAAGGGAGACAAGGUUGCAAAUGGAAAGGCUAAUGCUUCAAAAAGCCCAUCAGACCCUGGAAUUGAUCAAAGUACAUAGAUGGCCAAGAAUGGGAGGGCAUAGAUUCAUAGAAAUUAUAUUUUUGCAUCAAUUUGAUGUCUAUGGAUUGCAACAAGUAACAAGAUAUUUAGAGACAAAAUGGUUAACAGGAGUGAAAGCUCUAUAG